AUGGCCGACAAAAUCACCCGUAUAGCCAUCGUAGACUCCAACCGCUGCAAGCCGAAACGAUGUGCACAGGAGUGCAAGAAGUCUUGUCCCGUUGUGAAAAUGGGCAAGCUGUGUAUCGAGGUCAAGCCGACCGACAAGAUCGCAUACAUCUCGGAGUUCCUGUGUAUAGGAUGCGGUAUUUGCGUGAAGAAAUGCCCAUUCGAAGCCAUCGCCAUCAUCAACCUCCCCACCAACCUCGACUCCGAAGUAACACAUCGUUACACCGCAAAUGCCUUCAAGCUCCAUCGCCUACCAACACCACGACCGGGUCAAGUGCUCGGUCUUGUCGGCACCAACGGUAUCGGCAAGAGUACCGCCCUAAAAAUUCUCGCGGGCAAGCUGAAACCCAAUCUUGGCCGUUACGAUGACCCUCCAGACUGGCAGGAGAUCCUCAAAUACUUCCGUGGCUCUGAGCUGCAAAAUUACUUCACGAAGGUGCUCGAGGACAACCUGAAGGCGCUGAUCAAGCCGCAAUACGUCGACCACAUCCCGCGCGCGAUCAAGGGCGUCAUGACCGUCUCGCAGAUGCUCGACGGGAAGCUCGAGCGCGACAACAAGCAGAAGAUGUGCGACGACCUCGAGCUGAACGAGGUGCUCACGCGCGAGGUGGGCCAACUCUCUGGUGGAGAACUCCAGCGGUUCGCGAUCGCCAUGUCGUGCAUCCAGCAUGCGGAUGUGUACAUGUUCGACGAGCCGUCCAGUUACCUCGACAUCAAGCAGCGUCUGAAGGCGGCGGAGGUCAUCCGAGAGCUGCUCACGUCGAACAACUACGUCAUCGCGGUCGAGCACGACUUGUCCGUGCUGGACUAUCUGUCGGACUUCGUCUGCUGUCUGUACGGCAAGCCGUCGAUGUACGGUGUGGUGACGAUGCCUUACUCCGUCCGUGAAGGUAUCAACAUCUUCCUCGACGGUUUCAUCCCGACGGAGAACCUGCGGUUCCGUGAGGAGUCGCUCUCAUUCAAGAUGGUGGAGACGGCGGAAGAGCUCGUUAUCGACAAGACACGGCACUACUCCUACCCCUCGAUGACCAAGACGAACGGCGGCUUCAAGCUGACGGUCGAAAGCGGCUCGUUCACGGAUUCGGAGAUCAUCGUCAUGUUGGGCGAGAACGGAACGGGCAAGACGACGUUCGUCAAGCUGCUCGCGGGUGAUACGCCCGAUCAGGAGGCGGAGAAGCAGAACCUUGCGGUAUCGCUCAAGCCGCAGACGAUCUCGCCGAGCUUCCCGGGCACCGUUCGGAUGCUGCUGAUCAAGCGUAUCAAGGCGGCGUUCAUGCAUCCGCAGUUCAAUACCGAUGUGAUGAAGCCGAUGAACCUUGAGCAAAUUAUGGACCAGGACGUGAAGACGCUUUCCGGAGGAGAGCUCCAGCGUGUAGCCAUCGUGCUCGCGCUCGGAAAGCCGAACGUGUCGGUUUACCUCAUCGAUGAGCCCUCAUCGUUCUUGGACUCCGAGCAGCGUAUCAUCGCCAGCAAAGUCAUCAAGCGAUUCAUCCUCCAUGCGAAGAAGACCGCCUUCGUAAUCGAGCACGAUUUCAUCAUGGCCACCUACCUCGCGGACCGCGUCAUCGUCUUCCAGGGCCAGCCCGCCGUCUCCGCCACCGCCACCCCCCCGCAAUCGCUCUUGACGGGCAUGAACAGGUUCCUCGCAUCACUGGAGAUUACGUUCCGUCGCGACCCGACGAACUACCGGCCGCGCGUGAACAAGAAGUACAGUGUCAAGGACCGCGAGCAGAAGGCAUCUGGCAACUACUUCUUCCUCGAGGACUGAGGGCCUCACGACAUGUAGCGCCGCGCGGCGCGCCGGCCGUGCCCGCACGGUGACUGGCAGCUAUAGCGAAGUACCUCAGGGUGUAGGAUAGAUGCUGUAGCCUACUAGGGUCCCGAUGCCCGCCCUGCCUGAGGCCUUCGCGCGAGACGAGCGAUCCGGCCCAGCCUGGGACUUGACUGUGUAGGAAUGAACAUACACACGUAGACAGGGAGCGAGGAAUACAUAUCUGUUGUAUCACCAGC